AUGGCCAAAAGUGUCUCGAUUCUGCAGGCGAACGUCAACCACUGUGUCGCGGAACAGGAUCUUCUGAUUCAAACCUCGGCGCAGUGGAAGAUCGACGUAGCCAUAGUCUCCGAGCCGUACUACGUCCGCCCCCGCGACGACUGGGCGGGCGAUCAGGACGACUCGGUGGCUAUCGUCGCCUGGCGGCGCACGGGCCCCGCACCCUUCGACAAUGUAACGAAGGGUCGCGGCUGGGUCCUAGCGUCGCUGGGCGGCGUUGCAGUGAUCGGGGUGUACUUCGCGCCGAGCAAGAGCUUUGCCGACUUCGAGCGGAUUGCUCGCCGAAUCGCCGGAGACCUCAACGUCAAAUCUAGUGCGUGGGGUUCUCCGGCGACAAACCUCAGGGGUGAGACGCUGGCAGAUUGGGCGGUGUCCACGGGACUCGUCCUCCUUAACAGGGGGACGGUCCAGACGUGCGUGCGGAGUCAGGGCGGGUCCAUCGUGGAUCUGACCUUCGCGAGCCCCGCCCUGGCUCGCCGCACGAGGAGGUGGUGA